AUGAACAAACUCACUUCAGAAUGUUACCAAAAUCGUGGAAGGGAGAACGAGAGAACGGGAGAACGGGAAAUCAGGGGAACGAGAGAGAGGGAGAACGGGAAAUCAGGGGAACGGGAGAGAGGGAGAACGGGAAAUCAGGGGAACGGGAGAGAGGGAGAACGGGAAAUCAGGGGAACGGGAGAGAGGGAGAACGGGAAAUCAGGGCAACAGGAGAACGGUAGAAUGGGAAAUCAGGGGAACGGGAGAGAGGGAGAACGGGAAAUCAGGGCAACGGGAGAGCGGGAAUUUAGGGAAAAGAGAGAAAGGGAGAAUGGGAAAUCAGGGGAACGGGAGAGCGGGAAUUUAGGGAAAAGAGAGAAAGGGAGAAUGGGAAAUCAGGGGAACGGGAGAGCGGGAAUUUGGGGAAAAGAGAGAAAGGGAGAAUGGGAAAUCAGGGGAACGGGGGAGCGGGAGAGGAGUAGAAGGAAAGGACAGAAAAACGGGAGAAUAGAGGAUUAA